CCUAUGAUCCCACCUGACAGCAUCUACAUAUCGUGCUACCGCGAAGAGAACAUCUACCUUCUCGCGCAGACCUUCCUCGCGGAAGCCAGCUCGCGCGUGGCCCCUUGGCCCUGGGAGAUUUACGUCGUUUUCGUCUCUAACCACGGAAAGACGGUCGCGCUGUGGGCGCAGAAGCUGCGCGCCUCGGACGUCGUCGUCUGGGACUACCACGUCGUCUUGGUGCUCCGAAAAGCUGCAAACGGGGCCCACCCACCCACCAGGGAUUCGCCUGGCGAUCGCGAGGCACGCGACGCUAGUGCCGGUGCCAGCGCGUGGGUGUACGACUUCGACACGACCCUAGCCGUCCCGAGCUCGUGGAAAGACUAUGUGGGGAGGACCUUCCCUUACGCGUUCGACGAAGAACUGAAGGCCUGCAUUGACGGCCGGUUCCACAGCUUGUUCAGAGUCAUCCCCGCAGCCGUGUAUCUCGAUCACUUCGCCUCCGAUCGGUCGCACAUGAUCGUACCUGCUCCAGGGGUGGGGCUCGCGACCAGUGUCGGGGCCGUACUUAGGUGAACAGAGCGAGGACCCGAUGACGCCGGCAUGGGGGGUGUGGACGGUUCUGGUGCGGAUGCGAGGACAACUGACCACGGUGCGUUCUCACCACAACUGGCCCAUCUGUCAUCCUGUUCUUCUCGCCCGUCUUCUGCACAUCGUCUGCCCUCGUGCGGGUAUAGAGUCGCGGGUGGCCGGACUUGACCUAGCACGCAUUGCGUCCGCAGACAAAUACACAGCGUGCCCAUCGAUCUCUCCGUACGAGACCUUGGCCGCCCGCUUUACGUGUGGCUGUCACUGCGCGGAGUCUGAUCAGGGCGAUGAGGAGGAAGAGGUGCUCGAAGAGCGGGGGUCACCUCACCGCCUCUUCUCUCACCCGUAACUGACGUGCACCGAUCGCGUUCUGGGCAUGUGUCGCGCGCCGGACGCUGUAGAAGCACGGUACUCCUCCCCCCCUCCCCCGUACCCGCCGCUCCGUGGCGCGAAGGCGAGGGAGCGCGGCAUCGCGCACAACCUCAUGGAGUCCUUCGUGGCGAUGGGCAUCAUGCCGAACCGUCUGGCCGAAGAAGACCCACCUGAAGACACGCUAUUGGGGGUGGGGCCCCCCCUCGGUUCUGGGACGGCGAUGGGGACUCGGAGCGCCCCAGGCGCGGUCCAGUAUGGGCAGGUGCUGGACGUGGGGAGCUCCGUCCGAUGGCUCUCAGGGGCUGACGACGUACCCGCUCCGAGGUGGGGUUCUGAAGCUUGAAGCUUCGAAACCUGGGGUACUAGCUGCAUCAUGCUCGGACUAGACCCUCCGUUCCGAAAGAAGUGGGAAGUGGGAAGUGGGGCGCGAGCUUCAAGUUGUACGUACUGGACCAGCAGGGCGAGAAGACGGACGUCGUGUGCGCUCCGGUGAGCUUCUCUUAGGGUAUCAUUGCGCGGGCGGUUCUAUAUAUUGUGUACGUUACAGGAUACCAUGCAUGAAUUUCCGGUGAUAGACGUUUU